CGGGCGUUUACUCCCCGUACCCGUUUCGCGUGGACGGCCGCCGACUGCCCACCUGCGUGGCCUGCAAGAACCACGGCCUCGUGAUGCUGACCAGGGGCCACCGCAGCCGCUGUCCGUUCCGCAGCUGCACUUGCGCCCAGUGCACUCGACACCAGGCUAAGAACUCCAAGCGAUUGGCGAGUAAGCAGGCGGCCCUGUCCGGUCCGCCACCCUCCCGGCCUCAGGCGGCAUCCCCGAGACGCCAGGCAUCUCCCGACUCAUCCUGCAGGGACCGUUCGCUGGUGCCGCUGGCUCCUCGGCCACCAUCCGCGGUCAAAGGCCGACCCCCCGCCGCCGCCACCACGGCGGCAGCUGCGGCGAGCGCGUCCACCACCGCUGCAUUCUCUGCCACUACCACCGCCACCACCGCGACCACCGCGACCACGGCCCGUGCCGGCUCCGGCCGACCGGUCCCCGCUGUCCCGUCCGCCCCGUCCGGCCCGCCCGGCCCAUCCUCCGCCGCUUCACCGGUGGACAUCAACAACAAUAACUCCAGCACCAACACCAGCAGCGGCGGCGGCGGAUGGUACCGCUCGCUAGCCUCCAAGAUCGUGCCGCUGCCGUCGCCGACGCCGGCCACCCCGGACCGCGUCAGCUCGACGGUGCCGGCCGGCGAGGCGGAGCGGCCGGCGCCGGGCACGCCGCGCCGCCGGCCCGCGCUGGCUGCCGUGCUGGCCGCCGUGGGACGGUGCGAGGACCGCGCCGCGGUGGCCGCGCGCCGUGUCACCGAGACAGCCGCCCGGUACCGGCCGUACCCGGCGCCGGGAGCGGCCCGGGCCGACGGGCCGCUCGGCAGAGCGCCGCUCUCCUACUGGCCCCAGCCGUGGGCCAGCGAUCAGAGCCACUGGCGGGCGGCCGCGCAGCAGAGCUACAGGUCGUCGUUCGGCUCGUGGUCGGCCCACGGCGCCGUCUGGAACCAGAUAUCCUACGGCCUGACGUCGGGCGGCGACCGUGAGACGCCGAUGAAUUCGGCCGCCGUACGGGACAGCCCGCCGCCACCGCCGGUUACCGCCGCCGCACCCGCCCACCGCCCCAGAGCGACACAGGACAGCAGCCCCGGUCCUGCUACGGAGUCGGCGUAUCACCCGGAGCCCACCUAUGAGCCAGAGCGGGGUGCCACGCACGCCCGGGACCACUGUGCCACCGAGCCGGGGCUGGACCUGCGUCCGGCCGACCGCCAGCAGCCAGCCACCGACACGAGCUGCAACCUGUACAACUGGCUGUCGAAGCAGAUUGACGUGGAGCAGCGUCCCGGCGAGGAGGGCGCCCUGCGCCGGCUGCCGCCGCGGACCGCGGCCGCCGCGCCGCCGCUGCGCCUGCUCUACAUGACCGGCCUGCAGGAGACGCCCUUCUCGCAGCUGCUGCGCCAGCUGGCCGAGCAGCCGGCGCGGCCGGCGCCGGCGCAGUCGCCGCCUCACGAGCUGCCGCCGCCGGGCCAGCUGCCACCCUUCUGCAGCCUGUACCCGGCCGCGGCGGCGCGUCCCGAGGCCGGCCGCCGCUCGCCGCCGCGUCUGGCCGGCGCGGCCCCGCCGCUGCCGCAGACGGCCGGCUGGGCCGAGCAGGCGGAGUCGCCCGCCGUCGGCUGGCCCGCGGACACCGUCCGUCACCAGGCCACGUACGACUUUGACGUGGUGGCGGCUGAGGAGAGCGGCUCUCCGCUGGUGGGCGCCGGCGCCGCCGGCUGGCCGGGCCUCAGCACCUCCUCUGCGGUGCCGGCGCCGACCGACGGCGUGCUGCAGUCGCCGCGCGGCCCCCAGCAGUACCACACCGCGGACUGGACCGCUGACCCGACCACCGAGCCGGGCAGCGCAGUCGCCGCUCCGUUCUCUCCGCUGGGCGCGGCCGACUCCGGCAGUCCCUGGAUGUUCUACCAGCAGUACCAACAGCAGUACCAGCAGCAGUACCUGCAGCAGUGCGCGCAGCAGUACCAGCAGCAGCUGUCCCAGCUGGCCGGGCUGACCGGCUGGCAGACGGAGCAGGAACCGGCCUGGAUGACGGCGGCUGGAACCCGCGACCAGCUGUGGCCGGUAGCUGAGCUCGGAGACCCGGCCGGCGCCGAGGACCUGUCUCUGACGGGAGCUGCUCUGUCAGCGGCCACCAGCACCGGCCAGGAGGGCUACCCGCUCUGCGGACUGGGCCUGCCGAGCCACAGCUACGCUCUCGGACUGGGUCUGCCGAGUACCACAGACUUCACAGUGGGUUUGUCAGACCAGAGCGGCCCUCUGGACGGCGGCAUUGGCUCUGCGGCCGGUCCUAGCCAGUGUUAUCCCUCAGACUACGACAUGGGGCUGACGCCGGCCUGCAGCGGCCCCUCGGACGGGCCGCUGGGGACGCUGGGUCGGUCCGACCGUGCGGCUGGCUCCUCGGCCCACUGCGCCACUGCCGAUACCGCCGUCUCGGGCGGGGAGACCGCCGCCCACCCGGCACUAUACUCCACGCCUGUCUCCGGCGCGGCCUCCAACUGCGGCGGCUCGCAAUCACAGGGUGCGCUGGGGCCCAGCUAUGACCCCACGGUGCCUUUAGUACCCGACUCCGGACCGUCUGAGACCCAGAGGGAUCAGCAGUACCUGCUGACAGCAGACCGAGGGCAGGACGCCUCCUCAGGGGCUGACGCCGCGCCGCCACUGACCACCGACCCGGUCCUGGGCGACGACCCGACGGGCAGUCUGGAGAGGGAGUCUGGAGAGGCUGCCACCGCACAGGAAACUGAACUAGACGCGGACCUCGGAACGAUGCAGGGAGCAGAAAUGGAAACCGGCUUCGAAAUGGAGCAGGGAACGGACCGCCAGACGGAACAGGGAACGGACCGCCAGACGGAACAGGGAACGGAAAUAGAAACUGGCCACGAAACGGAGAAGGCAACGGACCUCGAGAUAGAGCAGACAAUAGACAUUGAAACGGACAUCGAUACGGAGCAGUCUACGAAAAUAGAAACUUGCCCCGAGACGGAGCAGCCAACGGAAAUGGAGACGGACCUCGAAACGGAGCACGGACCGGGAGUGAAGCCAGGAGUUGGUGCGGGACUUCAGAAGCAGUUGGACGCGGAGUUUGGCACAGGGCUGGACCAUUCCAGUAUGCUUCUCAGUCCUGGCGGAACCACCGAGCUGCUGGUCCGAGACGCGGUGAUGUCACGGACAGGGAGUGACGUCACCGGAGGCCAGGUGGCGGCGUUGGCUGGGGAGGGCUUAGAAGCGGACGGUCCCGCGCCAGAGGCGGGCCAGACGGCCCCAGAGGGAAAUCAGGCGGCCUCAGAGGUGGACCAGGCGGACCAGGCGGAUCGUCCGGUCUUAGACGCGGACCAGGCGGCCCCAGAGACGGACCGUCCGGUCUCAGGGGGGAAUCAGCCGGCUCCAGAGGCGAACCAGACGGCUCCAGAGGAGGACCAGGCGGCCCCACAGAUGGACCAGACGGCUCCAGAGGCGGGCCAGGCGGCUUCAGAGGCGGACCAGACUGCCCCAGAGGCGGACCAGGCGGCCGUCGAAGCUCUGGAUGGCGCGGGAAGUCCCGGAGAGCCGAUCAAGGAGGUGGUGACCGCUGCGCAGUCCGACCGCCGAGCCCAGCCGGAAGAAGACGCUAGCUAUCCGGUGUUGGACAUUACUGAGCCAGAGUUGGACGCCAAUGACGCACAGCACCACAGCGAACAGCCCCCUGAGAUGGGUGACCACGACAGCGACACUGAGCGGCGGGCAAUGAUCUCAGACCGGCAGGCGAACUCAAACGAGCAGGUGUCUGAUGUAGCAGAGAACUCGCUUGGAGUCACCGACGUCACUAGAGCGCUGACUGACGCCAAUGAAGACGCUGCUGCAACCAACGGGCAGGCGGACAUCGUACAGCAAGGUGCACACGGUCCCGGUGAGUUGGGCGUCGGCAUGGACAUGACGAAUGCUGUCACAAACGAAUCCACUAUCACGGAUCGGUCUUCUGGCGUCACAGGUCACCUUACUGAUGUCACAGGUCACCUUAAGGACGUCACAGCCGAAGCGGCUGACGUCACACCCGACCCAGCCGAUAUCAAUGAGGAAGUAGUCGCCGGGAACGACUUAGCCACGCGGGCCUCUCCCAUUGUGAGCCCAACUCCGACAGAGCUGCCUGCCAGUGACGAGGUCGGAUCGGCUGCCCAGCAGCCUGCCGACUCCGCGAGCACGACGGACAGCCCUCUAGGGUCAGCCGAGUGCGACCCGGCCGACACUGCCGCCGCGACUGACCGGCCUCUGAGGCUGGAGGAGGGCAGUUCGGCGCCGGACGGGCCGGACGUGGGUGACGGCACUCUGAGGUCGGAGGAAGGUCUGCUAGAGUCGGAGGAGGACGGGUCUGCUGCGACUGAAGACGCUGAGGAUCCACACACACCCCGCCCAAGUGUGUGCUGCACUCCUGCCCCGGUGACGCAGGCAGAGGUGGGAGUGGCGGCGCCGGCAGAUGCCUCGUAGAGUCGUAGAGUAGUAGGAAGAGGGAUGAGACUGAGUCGAAGAGAGGAACAGCCGAAUGACACCCGCUGGAUGCUGGUGAGGGGUCCGCCUGUCCCCCUGAUUCAACAGAGCCGUGGCUCGGCAUCUCAGGGCACAUUGCAUUCCGGGUAUGUGCAAAGAACUAACGUCUUUCUCAGAGAAUCAGGGAGGUAUAAAGUUUCCGCCGAACGCUAGCACAGUGUGUUCUUGUUACUGCUGUUAAUUUUUGAUAUUGCAGACUGUUAGGUCUAGAAUUUGUAUUUGUAGAACGUUGAACGUUGUAGAACGUCGUAUUGUCAUUUGUAGAACGUUGAGACCUAGUUUUGGGCGUUUGUAGACUUUAUUUAUAACUUAGAUCUGCGAUUUCACUCGCGCAGAAUGUUGUAGACAUUGGUUGUGCAGUUUGUGACGGAGAUGCCCCGUUUCACGGACGCUGUCGACAGGUGACGUGACGGGUACGGGCGUACCUUGUUGCUGAUGUUCCGUUCGGCCGCGGUUAACCUAGGCGGACAGUGACCCGCCCUGGAGGCAACCGGCGGCCUGUAUCUUUUGUUACCAGUUUGUUCGAAUGUACCCGCUGUUACAGAGUGCCCUUUUUCGAAGUGAUCUCAGUUAUGUGUUCUGUAUCAAUUUUCCACGAAGAAAUACAACUUUAUUUGCAUG